AUGACCGAUGGUGUGUGCUGGAAUAAUUCUGAUAACGUCGGAUACCCUGUAAAAAACAUUGUCGAGAAGAUGAGUGAAUCUUAUGCUCCCGCUCUCCCCAAACCCGUUAUCAACCUGGUAUGGCAAAAGUUUCUACCCCCAAGAGCUCAACUGUUGGUAUGGAUGGCAAAUCUGGGUAAACUAAAAACGGGCGACCAUCUAGCUAAAUGGGGGAUUAUUGAAGCGCCGCAUGCAGUGUGCCCGUUCUGUAACAUGGAAACAGAAACAAACAAUCACAUCCUUUUUACAUGCAGAUUCUCAUGGUGUGCAUGGAUGAAAAUGUUAGAAUGGUGGAAUAUCUCUGGUGCUCUACACAACCAGUGUAUCAUAUUCAGCGCUCAAUGGUUUGGCCUGGUAAAGAACCGAUAUUGUCGAAAAUUAUGGAGAAUGAUCUUAGGAUGCUGCAUAUGGUCACUAUGGUACGAGAGGAACAAAAUAAAAUUCGAAAGGCAAUCUCCAAACAUCCAUAAUUUCGUCGUCAUGCUAAAGAUCAGAAUAGGAAUAUGGGCAAAAGAAAUGCUGGGGGAUUUAGGAAUCUCACCCACUGAGGUGACAUAUAAUAUAGAAUCGAUGUUGAGACAAACAUAG